ACAGUCUGUUUGCAACAACACAGUAGAUUUUUUCGCUUUAACAGUAAGGUCCUGCACCUCUGAAAGUCUGAUUUUACUUUUACCUUGAAUUGCAGUUAUGGCUGAUGUCAGCAAAACUGAAAAGGUUCAGUUGCACGUGCCAGAUUUAGAGGAACUACGUGGUGUAUUACAAGCAGGCCUGGAAGAUAACUUUGCUGAAGUUCAGGUGAGUGUUGUGGAGUGUCCAGAUCUCACCAAGGAGCCCUUCCAGUUUCCUGUGAAAGGCUUGUGUGGUAAGCCUCGGAUCACUGAUGUUGGUGGUGUGCCAUACCUGGUCCCCUUGGUUCAGAAGCACAAGGAAUACAACAUGAACACCAUAUCGAAGGAGCUGGAGCUGCCAGGAGCCUUCGUCCUCGGCGCAGCAGCUGCUCCCUCCAGAGUAGUCGGAAUGAACGCAGAGCUGAUGCCUCUGGUUCUGACCGAAGCGGAGGGACGGCCUGCAGUGAACAGCAGCUACUUCGCUUCCAUCAAUCCCGCUGAUGGCCAGUGUCUGCAGGAAAAAUACAGCAACAAAUUCUCUGACUGCAACUUUGGACUUCUGGGCAAUCUGUACGCAUGUGAAGGGAAGUCUGGAAAGGUUAUAGAGGUGAAGGCCAAGAAGAGAACCGGGGACCACAGCCUGGUGGCGGCCAUGAGGAACACUCUGGAGAGUCACUACCCUGAAAAAAGCCUGGCUCUGGGAGGAACCUUCAUCAUCCAGAAAGGGAAAGCUAAAAUCCACAUCAUGCCUAGAGAGUUCUCUGCCUGCCCCCUCGACACCAACGAUGACGUCAACAACUGGCUCAAGCAUUUUGAGGUCCGCGCCCCCCUCAUCUGCCAGUCAGUGCUGGUAUCCAGAGACCCUGGUCUGGACCUGCGCGUGGAGCACACACACUGCUUCAGCCACCACGGAGAAGGUGGCCACUACUACAUCGACACCACUCCUGACAGUGUGGAGUACCUCGGCUACUUCAUGCCUGCAGAGUUUGUGUACCGCAUUGACAGACCUAAAGACACCCAUGAAGUUGGAAGAGAUUGAAAGAUGGAUGAAUGACUGUGGGCUCCCCCUCAGACAAAACCUGGAAACCCCUCCCUUAGGUGUACUUUCUAAGCCUCAUUCCUUUAAAUUCAUCAACAAUUGAUUCAAGAUAAUCCGUUUGACUUUACCUUAAACCAAAUGCUUUUAUUAGUUUCUGGUUCUGGGAAAAUAAGAAAACAGUACAUAUCUCCCAAACUACUGGACCACUGGACUUGAUAUUUCCAACAUCACCCAUGUGUGUGCUAUUCUAUUUGAACUAAUUUCAACUAAUGUUUCAUUUUUUAAUGAAUUAAAAAAACUUUGAAAACC